UGUUAAAGCCGACUUGCCGAUCGCCGCCAGUGGCUUGCUCGGUGCCUUGGGUGCCUGCGUGGUAUUAGGGAGAGCCCACUCCGGCAACCAGUCCCCUUGUCUCGUCUUUCUCGUCAGUUCUCCGUCCAGUUCCAAGUGUUUUUUACCAUCGGGGGAAAAUAAAAAAAAAAUCACCAAAACCCAGAGGAACCGCCAAAGUUCAACUGAACAAUAAUUUGUAUGUGAGAAAACGGAAUAAAGUGGCAGUGGAGGCUCUUCCCCGGGCGUUCUCCGGAGUUCUACGAAGUGAAUAUAUAUAUAUAUUUUUCUUUUCCACGUCCGGCCUGCGGCCUCUCGCCAGUACGCACCCAAGACUCCGAAUGUCCACGGAGACGGUGUAAUAAACAAAUUUGUCGGGGUUAUUUAUUCGGUACGGAAAUAAUUCGUUGAAUUAUCGGGGUAGAGGAGUGGUUCUUGAAAGUGGUUGACACGUAUAAUAAAAUUCAAGUGGGGGGAGAGAAAAUAGACCCCCCCAUCGGGAUAUCCCCACCUCGUUUCAAGUGGUAUCAUAACUACGAGGUGUGCUGCAAGACCCGGAAAACCGUACACAAUCUACUGGUGGGGGAUAAAUACCAGUUGAGGGAUUAAACAUUGGUGGAUAAAUUUCGACGACCUGCGGUACAGCCUGACAAGCAAUCCCACCGAUUUCAAUUCCACCUAGUUCGAUCAUUUAAUAAAUCAGUGGAAUAGGUGAUUGAAAAAAUUCUCGCAUCUCAAUUAAAUUCCCAAAUAGUUCAGGGUGAUUUUUUGAAUCUCAGUGAAGAAAAAAAACCGAUGGGAUUUAAAAAAAAAGGUGGAACCGAUUGAGUUACAGGGACUAUCGUGGGGAUAUAGUGACGCGACUGGGCAGCACCAGUUGGAGAGAAUAAAAUAAAAAAAAAUAAAAUAAGAGAAAAAAAAAAGCUGGUGAGUGAGACAGUGAAGACCAGUCUGCACGAAGAACACUGGAUGCUAAGCCCUCGGGUGUAACUGAGAGGGAUUUAUUUAUUGUUGAAGGUGGGAGUGGGUAAGCGUCCGGGGAACGUAUAUUUACGUACACGGGAUACAAUACGAGUGAGUGUACAGUAAGUACGAUAGGAAAACGUGAAUUACCACAAUAUAUCAGACUCGCGGGUGAUAUUAUUGAACUAAAAAUAUGGACUAAAAUAAUUUUCGCACUUGGUUGGAAAAAUAAAUUUUUCUCGAUUAAUAAAUAAUCAGUGAUAAAAUGGCGCUCAAUACCGAUGUUGAUCAGCUGACCAAGGGUAAUUUGGUAGUGAGGAUAGAUCAGAACUCCGAGUCCGAUCUUCAGGCCCUAUUUGACAGUGUUUUGAAGCCUGAUUCAAAGAGACCACUUCAGGUACCAUUGAGGAUGCGCAAUCUGCCGGAUUCAUUCUUCAAUCCACCGUCAACCGGUAGUAAAAGCCCAUCGAUAUCUCACUCGAGGGAAAAUUCAGCUGACUCGGCAUUUGGAACAAUUAUAAGUAAUGGACCUGGAAGUAAUAGUAAUGGGGGUAAUACCAAUGGUAAUGGUAAUCAGACUAGUGUACCUGCUGGACUCACUGUUGCACAUCCAAGGGCACACAGCAGUCCUGCAUCAUUGCAGCAGACUUAUGCUGCUGCACAGGCAACGCAGCAUGCACCACAGCCACAUGCCAGGCAUGUACAUCAUCAGAAGCAGAGGAGUUAUGAUGUUAUCAGCACUGUUGAUGAUUUGGGACCACUGCCUCAUGGCUGGGAACAGGCACGCACACCUGAGGGACAGGUUUAUUUUCUCAAUCACUUGACACGAACGACGACAUGGGAGGACCCCAGGAAAACAGCGGCAGCGGCGAAUGUGACGACCAUAGCAGCCGCUGAAAAUGGCAAAUCACCGGCUGGAGCUGGUGCAAAUGCCCUUGGUCCACUGCCAGACGGUUGGGAACAGGCACGAACACCCGAGGGUGAGAUUUACUUCAUCAAUCAUCAGACGCGAACGACGUCCUGGUUUGAUCCCAGAAUUCCAACGCAUCUCCAGAGAGCCCCGACAUCCGGUGCUAUGUUACCCACCAACUGGAUUCAACCACCGGGUGCCACUGGUCUACAGAGUAAUCAAACUAUUCAGGUGUGUCAACAAAAAUUGCGACUCCAAUCAUUGCAAAUGGAACGAGAGCGACUCAAGCAGAGGCAAGCCGAGAUUAUGAGACAGCAGGAGCUAAUGCUGAGACAAAGCAACACAGACGCAUCGAUGGAUCCAUUUUUAUCCGGCAUGAGUGAACAACACGCACGUCAGGAGAGUGCUGACUCUGGUCUGGGUCUGGGUUCAGCAUAUUCACUCCCACACACGCCAGAGGAUUUUCUGUCUAAUAUCGACGACAAUAUGGAUGCCACAAGUGAUGGUGGGGCCCCAAUGGAAACUCCAGACAUAUCGACUCUCAGCGAUAACAUCGAUUCAACAGAUGAUCUCGUACCCUCGCUACAGCUUGGUGAGGAAUUCACCAGUGAUAUCCUGGACGAUGUGCAGUCACUGAUAAAUCCGAGCAGCACGAAACCGGAGAAUGUCCUGACGUGGCUGUAGUACGAGACAAACUCUACAACGAUUCGAUCCACAUCCCCUCGAGUUUGACAUUAGCAUUUUCGUAAUUUUUUUUUUUUUUGCUAUGAAAAAAAACCGUUAAUCUCUGUUUAGAAAGAACGAACAGCAGUGAGAAAAAGCAACGAGUGCCUUAAAAUAAUAACGAAUGAGAAGAAUUUUUAAAUCGUGAUGCUGGAAGCCCUGACAAUAAUUUAGCUCGAGCUAGUGGUUAAUUUAAUCAAUAAAUCAUUGUCGAAGGAUGUACGUAUAGUAUUUGAUGUGCAGCUCAAGUCUGGUAUCAUGACGUAUCAGAUUAAUCGUGAACUCUGACGAGUCACGUUGAAUCGAAUGUGCAAUUAAUAAUCCAUGUUACAAGACGUUAGAAUCAUGAUCCAGGUGAGUUGAGUAUGAGUUUAAUUAACGAGAAUAAUGGAGCUAGUGAUGAUGCCUUGAUAAGUGCCUUUGGAGGUACUCGAUGAUGAAUAAUUUUUAAAUAAACAGUAACCGUCCAUAAGAGUCGUUUAAUGAUAACGAAUUUAACGUCGUGUUUUACAGGUGCGACGUUGAGUUAAGAAUAAUCGAUCGAGGUUGAGGAAAUAAAAAUAUGUUAACGGUGUGAAAAUUUUCUUGUACAUUGAUCAAUUUAUUAAACAAUCACCUGCA